AUGACCAUCAGCCCCCAUGAAGCGUACUCGGAGAGUUUUGGAGAGGAAGCAGCUCGCACGAAAGCGACGCUACGCGGGGGCUACCAGAAUGCCAAUCAUGACGCUGCUGGCGCAUUACCGCAAAAGUUGAUGAAGCGGCCGCGAGGGCCUCCACCAGCGAAGAUACUUGCAGCGUCGACUACACCGAGGACACGAAUCUUGCCACCUAUUAGGGCAGCAAGUCCCAAUACACCUGUUGCGUCUUCUAACAUGACGCUGGAAGAAAAACAACAACGACAACUGCAUUCGUUCCUGCGCAACUUUCUCGCGAUGGGUGAAAGCGGACGCUUCCAGCAGGUGAUUGAUCUGCGCCAGCAUGGGAUUGACACAGGAAUUACAGUCACUGACGCAACGUUACAAGAAGUUGUGCUCACAGUGCCGAAUCUACGUGGACUUAAUCUCUCCGGCUGCUCUCAUAUCACGGAUGCCGGGCUUUGGGCUGUAGCCAGACACUGUCAGACACAACUCGACACUAUUUAUCUAGCUCAGUGCGAGAAGGUGACAGAGCUUGGGUUGCGUCUCCUCGCUCAUAAUUGCAGGCUUGUACUGGUAGAUCUGAGUGACUGCCCACAACUCAAUGACGCUGCACUACAGACGCUCGCUGCGGGGUGCUGGAUGAUCGAGACUUUCAUAAUGAAACGAUGCCGAGGAGUCUCGGACGCUGGUAUCGUCAAAAUCGCUCAGUGCUGCAAAGAUUUACGCCAUCUGGAUGUCUCCGAGUGCUCUCGACUCGGUGAAUACGGCGAUAAAGCGCUGCUUGAGAUCGGGAAAUGCUGUCCGAAGUUACGUGUGCUGGAUCUAUUUGGCUGUCAGCACGUGCAUGAUCCAGGUGUCCGUGCUGUCGCGAAAGGCUGCCCAUUGUUGACCACGCUCAGACUUACGGGGUGUCGAGAUGUCAGUAGUAGCGCUAUUCGCGCAUUGGCCCAACAGUGCACCCAGCUUGAAGUGUUAUCACUUGCUGGAUGCAUCAAGACGACGAAUAGUGAUCUCGAACUGCUGGCAACCAACUGUCCGCAACUUACGUGGCUUGACAUCAGCGGCAGCCCAAAUAUCGACGCGCGUGGUGUGCGUGCACUAGCCCAGAACUGUACUUCCCUUACGUAUUUGAGCUUAGCCGGAUGCCAACGAGUGGGUGACACUGCAUUGAGUGAGCUUACCAGUGCAGGAGCUGGAGGACUUGCGAAGUCUCUUGGGGAGUUAUCUCUCGCAGAUUGUCCUCGAAUCACGGAAAAUGGAGUUGAUGCCUUAACUGCCGUGUGCUCUAACCUUAUCACGCUAAACCUCACGAACUGCAAGCAGGUCGGUAGAAGGUUCCUACAGAGACUCAUAACAAAGCUCGAGUUCGUGCAAUGGGCCACCAGUUUCUUCGGGUUCGAGCCACUACCCAAUGCCGCCGAGCUUUGUCGCCAGCGCGAUCUCCGCUUACUACAACUACAAAGUGCCAUUAAAAUCCAAGCAGCGAUGCGCGGGUGUCUUGCUCGAGGUGGACUGUGGCAGGCAAAACUCAAGUUCGUGGAACGAAAGAUAUUACCGAAGAUCCAGGCGCGCAUACGUGGGUUUUUGGUGCGAAAACGUAUUGCAACAGAUAAGAAAUAUCAGCUAGAAGAUCGUGCUGCAUGGUUAAUUGGGCGUGCCUAUCGUGACUUGCAACUUCGACGGAUGCUAAAACACGCCAAGAGGAUUCGUCAAAUUAGGGAGCACGAAGAUGAAGCUGCUCUUAUUUUCCAGAAGAACUUCCGCGACUUUGACGUCAGCUACGAAGCGUUCGCCAGCGGACGCAGUGCCAGUUCUUCGGCUCGUAAAUGGUUCGAGAUGGCUCAUGAAAAGGUCAAUGACGAUGGCAGCAGCUCUCUCACAACUCGAUCGUCAAAGUCACGCAUUCUUGGCAAAAAAUGGGUCGAACUUGUUGAUCGAGAGACUCAAAACACCUACUACUACAACGAAGUAACAGGAGAAUCGAGGUGGUCUCUUUCACCUCGCAGUGCUCGCGACACUUCCGACACGGAAGAUCAAAUAUCCUUGGCUUUGUUCACCCAAGUGAAGCAACUUCGUGAGUCUCCAGUGCCAUAUUCAUCACGAGACCAGCAUAUGAGCUGGCUGGAAGCAGCCAUCACCGAGAAGGACUGGGUAAAAGCUGAUGCGAUCGUCCAGCAGAUUUUUAUCCGCGAACAGAGCCAAGUAGUGACUGAACGAAAGGCAAGAGAGGAAGAAGAGAGGUUAUCUGCAAGCUCGAGCAAUGGCAUUAUUCAGGCUACCUCUGAUCUAACUCCAAGCACUUGGAUUGAGUACCGAGACGAAAGCAGUGGCGCCAUGUACUACUACAACCAGGAAACAGGAGAGACAAGCUGGAGCCAACCGUCAAUAGCAGCAAGUCAAUGGCAAGAGAUGCAGGACAGCAACGGUACUACAUACUACUACAACCCCGUGACUGGCGAGACUACAUGGUCAAAGCCAGACAGCUAGAACCAAAUACACUAAAACUGCUAACUUUA